AUGCAGGUCAAAAGGGAAAUUGGCCAAAACCCAGGUGUACAUUUAAAAAAAAAAAAAAAAAAAAAACGUGAGAGGAGAGGGAACAAACGCGCACACGCUCCGAAGACGGAUAUAGCACAAGGUAGAAAUGUAUGUAAUAAAAAGAGUAGAAAAAAUAGCCACAACGAAAAUAGCCAUACUGAAGGUUGCGGAGAUAAUAACCCGGGUAGUAGGCGCACCUACAACCCUAAUGAUCUCCAUGCCUAUAAUCACUACGACGAACAAGGAGGGUACCGCAUCCUCAAUGAUGAAGCACACGAUGCUAGCUGCGCACCGAAAGAGUUAGAAAACAGCUGCGACGGUGAGAACAAGAUAGUCCACGCAGAAAGCAAAAACUACCGGGGGGUAGCACCUGACGGAAACGAGGACAUCACCAUGUCCACGUAUGAUGAUAACACGAUGGAAGAAGGAGGCAACACUCAGCAGUGCGACAUGCAUGACGCAUGGAUCACACUUUGCCAAUAUUUCAAUUGCAUGCAGAAGAGGGACUACGUAAAUGAGGAAGACACACAUUCCGAAUUAACUGUUUCACCAAAUCAUUUUGUAGCAACUCCUAAUUCUUUUUGUCAUAGGAAUAACUUUUUUUGUAGUGAACAUAAGGAGGAUUAUUCGACUGUUAAUUCGUUGGACAGCAAGAAGGCGGGCGGUAUCUUCUGUUGGAGUGCCUCCCAUCAGCGUGGUGAACAUGAGCAGUGCGAGUCUACCCAGGGGGGGGAGGACACCCCUGGGGGGGGCGAUACUAAUCACAUGAGCGGAAACGAUAAUAUCCCCAACGUGCAUAACACUGCCAGCCUGAACAAGAGGAAUGACGCCAUGGGAGGGGAACUUCCAGAGGGACCAGGAGAAGACCCUACCGACCUGCACAAGGAAAAUGAGGAGAAUGAGCAAGGAGAAAAACAAAAAAAAUAUAUACGAAUUAUUAGCAAAGGUAAUGAGGAAUCACAUUACGGGAAUGCGAACAAUAUGAAUGCUUCGUCAUCCUUAUUUUCCACACACACAAAUGAAAAUAAUAAUUUGGAGGAUCAUGCUGAUGGGACCAAUCCUGCUCCCGUCAGUCUAUACCCACUCAUCAAUAGAGACAAAAUAGAUAGAAAUGUCAUCUUCAUACAAGUACAGAAUUUCUCGCAAAAAAUUGAUGAGUACAUUUCGGACGAGAAAAUAUUCAGGGCGCAGAAAUUAAUCUUGCACGUAAAAAAGUACGUAGAACAUUAUAUCAGCUAUUUCAAAAAAAUAAACGAUGAAGAAGCUGUUCAGAUGUUAACAAAUUAUUAUGAGGAGAACUGUACUGAUAAGAACUGCAGUUAUAAUGUCAACAAAUUAAAAGCCCACAUAAUUUUUUAUUUUUUAAAUUUUUUCCGCUUGCAUGAGAUGUCCAAUGUUCUGCAAGAUUAUUCAUACUACUUUUCCCUGGACAAGAACAACAGCGUAUCCUCUGACACGAUGACCCACAGCUUGGACAACAACACAUCGCACACCGUGGAAGAAAAUUUGAACAUGAAGAGAAAAUCUUCCGCGGUUCAUUUCGGCGAACAUUCCGCUGCGAACUCCGACGAAGGUCUCCCUUGUGGCUUGUCCGCUAUGGGGAUGAGCUUGGAUGGCGAUAUGUCCAGUGAGCAGAACGGCGAAGUGAGCGGUGCAAAAAUUGCUGAUGAGAAAAGUGCACAGAGUGUUGACGAGAUAAAUGCGCAAGGUGAUGACGAGAUAAAUGCGCAAGGUGAUGACGAGAUAAAUGCUCAAGGUGAUGACGAGAUAAAUGCUCAAGGUGAUGACGAGAUAAAUGCUCAAGGUGAUGACGAGAUAAAUGCGCAAAUUGCUGAUGACGAGAUAAAUGCGCAAGGUGAUGACGAGAAAAUUGCGCAAAUUGCUGAUGAUGAGAAAAGCGCACAAAGGGGCGAAAUUAAAAUUGGGGAAGAACCUUCGGACGAACAGCCGGGCCAACAUUGGGGUCGAGGCGAAGAAGCAGAAAACGCAAAUGAGCGCCCAGGGGAUGACAAUCCCAAUGUAAGGAACCAGGACGACGAGGAGGAAGAACGAAAACGAGAGAGCCAAGUGAUUGUGGAUAAAGUGUAUCACCACCAGUGCAACGGAUCCAGCCACCUCAGCAACAACAGAGCCUCAGUGACGAAGGAAAAUUCUAAAAAAGAAGAAACCGACUUAAACACAAAAGGAAGUAACCGACAUAUGGUUAAAAUUAUUCAGAAAUAUUCAAGACGUUUUAAAAACUUUAGGAAAAUAAAACAAAACAAAGAAGGAUGGAUUAAAGAAAAUGAUAAAUAUUUGGACUUGUGGCAUCGAGUGGAUAGUGACAAUAACAUUUCUGUGCAUAUACGAGGAAAGCUUCCAUACGACGUCAGCAUGAUCCUGUCUAUUAUCAGCGAAACGGAGCUAAGCACACAUUGGGUUCCCUUUCUCACAUCCUCUGAAAAAAUCAAAAGCUUGUCUAAAUCCAGUGCCCUCAUUGCGCAGCUCUACGAGUACCCUAUAAUUGGGAAGAAGGAAUCCCUGAUGUACGGCCUGGGCGCCAACACACUUGAAGAGCUCGGAUGUAUAAUCCUCUGCUGCAUGUGCCCCCCGGAGCUGAAAAAGGACAUCGAGUUCUACCAAAACAUGUGUGAACAAAUGAACAUAAAUAAAAACGAGGAAAUAUUAAAAGUCAAGGAAACCCCAUUAAAAUUCAGAAAAGUAAAAAGAGAAGUUACCUUUUUUGAUUGCCAGUUGCCAGAUCCCACACCCAAAAUAGACAGACAAAGAGCAGCCAAUUUGUGCUUCUUAAUAUACCCACUGAAUAAUGGGAAAUCCACCGUUCUUGAGCUAUUCGUUCAUUUCGAAAAUGAGUUUAAGUACACGCCAAUAAAAAUGGUCACUUAUUUUAUUAAAAAAAUUGUGAAAAAUAUGUACGCGAAUAUCAUCAAGACGUGCAAAAAUUACCACACGAUUUAUGCCGACCGGCUAAACACAAACCAGGAAUUUUACCUCUGGCUCAAUGACCAAAUUAAGAAGUACACCAAGAGCAAGCAUCAGACCAAGUUCAUAGAUUCGAUAAGUCUGGAGAGCUACCACGAGCCGGAAAACAAUGAUGCGCUUUAG